AUGAGGACAGCAUCGGUUUUGGUGGCGGCCUUGGUGGCGGCCUCGUCGGCAGCUGCCGAAGUCGCGACAAAGCCCAGGAUCUACUUCCCGCGACACGUGAAGAGGCAGUUUGGGAAUUCGACAUCAUCCAGCACGCUUGACCCCGAGCUGAGCGGGUCAACCGCUCUGACGGAGAGCGUGAGGACAACAGUUGUGAUUACUUCGGUUCCUGUCGCCACUGUCACCAUCACACCGACAUCGACUUCGACCCCAGAUCCCCUCGAUGAUGAAGAGGAGGAGGAGGAGGAGGAGGAGCCUAUCGUCAUUGUGCCCAGUGGUAUUGUCACCAGCAGCACGUCCACCUCUGUUAGCGCGUCAGAGUCUUCGUCGGAAUCUGUGACUGAGUCUGCGACGGAUUCGGCCACAGUUGCGUCGUCAACUCCGGUGGAUGAGGAGACCACCACCUCUACGCCGACUGAGGAGGAACCUACAGUGACUCCGACUGCGUCCGCGACAAGCUCGCAGACUGACCCCGAAGAGACGGAGACCGCCAGCGAGGAGCCUGAGGAGACCCCUACGCCGACUCCUACUCCCAGCGUUGGGCCGACCGCUCCCUUCAGCAGCAGCAGCAGCAGCGUCGAUCCCGAGCCCACCGCGUCGUCUACUGACGAACCGGAGCCUCCGGUCACAACCAGCUCUGAGCCCGAACGCCCGGUGACAACCAGCAGCACUGAACCUGAGCCCCCGGUCACCACCAGCACUGAACCUGAGCCCCCGGUCACCACCAGCACCGAGCCUGAGCCUCCAGUGACCACCAGCAGCACCGAACCAGAGCCUCCAAUCACUACCACCGAGCCCGAGCCACCCGUUACUACCAGCACCGACCCCGAGCUUCCGAUUAUCACCACCAACAGCACCUUGCCGGAGCCACCAAUCACGACCAGCACCUUACCUGAGCCUCCGAUCAGCACCGAUGUCGACCUACCGAUCAUCACUACCAACAGCACUUUGCCGGAACCCCCCACCACGACAACUGGUCUCGAUCCCGGCCCUACCGACCCAGUAACAGAUGAUCCUACUACUUCCGUCACGGAUCCGGUGACGGAUGGACCUUCCUCUGUCACCACCACCGAUGGUCCAGUUAUCACCCCGGACCCCGUGACAGACAACAGCACGACUACGGAACCGCCCAUCACUGAUCCACCGCCGUCAGAUACCACUACUGCGCCCACGACUAUCCCAACUGACGACCCGGGCUCUAUCAGCACCCCGGGAUUCGGCAACACCACAAGCUCGAUCACGGAGCCAACAGGUGGCUCUUCGGAGCCUGUCACCGAGCCAACAACUGUGAUUGAUACCACCUCUGUGCCAACUGGAAUCGUCUCCACCCCGGGCGCCAGCAACAUCACCUCGAUCCCCAUUACCAGCGAGCCUGCUAGCGAACCUGCAACACCCGGCCCUACCACGGUUCCAUCGACUAGCGAGCGUGUUACCAGCAUCGGCGUCAUUGGAAGCACCACCCAGUCGGCACCAUGGCUUCCCACUACCAUUAUUGUAGCCCCGACACCCUCGACGACUGCAUCAGGCGCCAUUCCCACGACUGCUAGCGGCAUCCCCACCACCUUCCCCAAGGCUAUCCAGCCCGAAAAUGGGAACGAUGUGGUGCCGCAAGACACCGACUUGAUCCAGAUUGGCUUCCGUGAGGGAUACAACUACCCCUUCCUGGUCAGCGAGAACAAGGCUGCGGCGCAGAUCUUCAAGUAUCUCCCCAAAGCGCUGGCCGAGGCUGGACAGUUUGACAUGUCAAAGGUCCAGGUUAAGAGACUGGUGCCUUUGGACACCCAGAGCUCGCUGGGCUACAUCACCGCCUGCGCUAUUGUCACGUACCCGAGGUCCAUGAUCGAUGCCUUGUCUGCUGACAUCAAGUCCCCCAACGCUCCGCUGUACAGAAACCCCGACAUCCUCGUCUACAACCUCACCAUGCAGAUCAACCCAGCCAUCCCCAUCGAGUACGGCUCCGUCUACGAAGGUGAGGGGAUCGGUGGUGUCCCCGGCGGUGGCGUCCCAGGCGGCGGCGGCAGCGGCGGCGACCCCUUCGGCACGGGCGGCGACACCAACAACCCGACAGGAUCCCAGCGCGGAACCACCGCCGCUAUUGCCGGCGGUGCCGUCGCUGUGGCGGCCGCGUACGGUGUUGUCAUGUUUGUCAUUGCCCGUCGGUACAAGCGCAAGAAGCAGCUUCACCGCCGCGCCAGCUCCAUCAGCAACCCAUCCGACAUGCGGGAGUCGCCCCGCGGCGGCAGCCCUGCGCUCAUGGGUGGGGCUCUCUUGAGCAGGGACUUUACCGGGUAUGGUGCUGUGGUUGCGGGAGGCUCGGGGUCCGGGUCGACGGGGCAGCCGGGUGGUCGGGAUAGCCACGGUAGCGGGCGGAGCGGCGCGGGCAACUCGGGACGUUUCAUCUCUGCUCCUGUCGCGGCUGAGAACUCGCUUGGGUGGAACUGA